AUGAAAUAAUUAGAACAAUUUGCUGACUCUUUUUAUGACAACCUUCAAGCUUAACCUUAAAAACUCAAUAAUUUUAGGGUUAAACUUAAAUUUUUAUUAUCAUAACUAAAAUACUAAUAUUCUGAUCUUUUAGAAGAACAACAAAAGCUAAUUAAAAAAGGCUCUAAUGAUUCUAAUGUUAUUUAAAACAUAAUUUAAAACUUCCAUUUAAACGAUAAACAAACUUAAUAGAUUGAUUUAAAUGAACUUAUAUUUUGUAAUAAGCUCAAGGAAAUAUUAAAAAAAUUGAAAAGAUAACAUAUUGAAAAUUUAAAAGAUUAAGCUUAAGCAACAUUAAUAUAUGAGCUUAAAGAGCUUCAAUCAAUUUCAAAAUUUGUUCAUUCUAUAUCUCCACUACAUGAAGUAUUAUAACAAUUAAUAAAUUAUAUUGAAAAAGAAAAUACAUAUUAUGAAGAUUAGGCACUUUUAAAAUGUCCUUUGUAAACUAUUCAUACAAUAAGUAAAGAAAUAGCUACUUAAUUGAAUAAAGGAGAUCCAAGUUUAAUAUAAAAAUUAGAUAAUUCUGGAUUCUUAGUCAAAAGACUAAAAAACAAUGAAGAAAUCUUUUAUUAUUAAAGAUAUCUAGUUUCAUUUGUACUUAGAUCGAUGAUAUUUUAAUUAUCCUUUACUCCUGGAUUUGUAAUAAGAAUUACUACUUAUGAAUAAAAAAAUAGAGAAAUUAAAAAAUAAUACUCUUAUUUUUUUAUCACUUCUAAAAUUGCCUAAUCAGAUUUAGUUAUUAAUAAAAUUGACUUUGCUAAACAUUAUUUGUCUUUAUAAUGUACUGAUCAUUUAGAUCAUCUAAUACCCAUUUACUUUGGAAAUUUAUAAGCAAAAUAUUGCCACGAUAUACCAUAAUAAUUAACUAUGUAUGAAUAAUUUAGAAAUCCACUAUUGUAUUAUAAACAAUAUAUAUUUGAUACAACUUAUAGUCCUUAAGAAUUUGAAGAAUUUAAACCUUAAAACAUUUUUCAAGAGUUUUUGAGAUUCCUUUAAUUUUUAUCUGAUACGCAAUUAAAUGAUUUCCAUUAUAAAUAAGAAGAAAAGAAUGAAAUUGUUAGAUAUAAAUCUCUUUAGAUAACUUAUGAAAUGCUUUCAUUGACUUAUUAAAGAAUUAAAAAAUUAGAAGAUACUCUGAUUACUGUUUAAGAAGUAAUCUUUCCUUAAUAAUUAUGUGUUAGAUUGAUUUAAAUAACAGAAAAAUUGAAUUAAGUAUUUUUCUAGUUUUAAAGGUUAGAUACAAGUAAAUUUUAAACAUUAAAUGAAUAUAAAGAAUUUUUGAGUAAUAUAAACCUUGAGGAAUUAAUUCAUAAAAUAAUUGAUCCUAAAAUUAUUACCAAAUAUAAUAAUUAAAUAAGAUAAAUUAAAUAAGACCUUAAUUAGCAGGAAUAAUCAAAUGAGAAAUAAAAAGGGAAAUUGAAUUAGAAUCCAAAUUUAAUAUCCUAAUAAUAUAUGUAGGGACCUAAAUAUAUAAUAAUAAGUUGUUUUUAAAAAUUAGAUAUUUAAUAUGAAAUAAGUCUAACCAAUAGAAUUAAACUCUUAGAUUUUUUGGCAAAUCUGAAAUUUUAUUUAGAUACUUAAUUUGUCAGUCAAAAAGAAAAUAUCUAUUAAUCAAUAAUUAAUGGAUUUAAUGAUUCUUGGUUUGAUCUAGAUUUAUGGAAAUAGGCUUUUUAAGCAAAUUAUUCCAUUUAAUCUUCAUCAUAAUUUAAUAAUACUUUGUUUGUUGAAUUAUUGGCAAUUUUAUUUUUCAAAGAUAAUUAUUUAAAACUAAAUUUAAAUAUAUUUGAAUCGAUAGAGUAAGUUGAGGAAAAUGAACAAAAUUCACAUAUUAUAAUAUCAUAUCUAAUGAAUAAAUCUUUUAAGGAGGAUUUAGGAUUUGAAAAACAUAUUACUUUAGUGGAAAGUGCAUUAAAACACAAAAAAUUUUAUUUAUUAUUAAAAUUAUUAGAAAAUCGUUAAGGUUAAAAAAUUAGAUUUGAAUAUUUUAAUUAUUUGUUGGAUGAAACUUAAAGUAUUUUUUCAUAAUCUGUUUAUUUUUCUAAUUUAUCAGAAAAUGAAAUUCAACAUCAUUGUAGAAUUUUUGAUUAAAUAGCAAAAAUUCAUCCUUAAUUUGAAGGAAGAUUAAGAUGGGAUCAUUUUUGGAAUUAGACAGUUAAAAAUAUUGGAGAUUAUACAUUUAAAAUUUUAGGUCAUGGAUUUUGGAGUUUAAAAGAAGAAUAAUAUUAAUAAAUUUUUGUAAAUAAACAAUUAGCUAACAAAAAAGAAGAAAUUCCUGGUUAUUUAGAAUUGAGUUUAAAUUCAUAAAUUAACAAGAAUAAUAAUAAAAAUUAUUCAGUUUUAAAUGUAAAUGAUCCUUUUAUAAAUUAAUUAUUAUUUAUUCAACCAAAUUUUCCAUUAUAAAAAUUUAUGGCCUCCUUAUUAUAUAGAUUAUUACAAUUAGAUUAAUUUAGUUCAAGAGUUGAAUUAAUACAAAAUGAAUAAUAAAUAUAUUCGGUCUAUUAAUUAAUAAAUCAAAAUAAUAACUUUAAUUAAAGAACUAAAAUAACAAUAACUCAAUUUUUGUAAAAUAAUGAAUAUAAUGAAUAAAGAUUGAAAAAUUAGAUUGGUUAAUAUAACUUAGCUAAUAAAAUAAUUUUGAGUAUUUUAUUAUUAUCUACAAAUACAUCUCCUGAUGAAGAAUUAUUAGUACCAUGUGGAAAUUAUUUUUCACCUGUUACUACAAAUUUUUAUUUAAAUCCUUAAUAUGAUAAUUUGAUAAAUUCCCAUGGAUUUGAAAGAGAUGGUGAGAAUGUAAAACUUUCUUGUUAUAAUAUAUAUUUCUUAAUGUAGUUUAUGAGAGAAAAGAUUGAUAAUCAACAUUUAUAAAAUUUUUAAAAUAUUACUUUAACUAUUUAACAAUGGUUGAAACAAUUAAGUUAAAUUGAAGCAACUGCAUCAUAAUCAGAAGGAUUGUUAUUAUUACCAUUAUAUAAAGAAAAUAUGAUAGAAUUAGUAAGGAGAGCAACUAUAAUUUAAAAUUGCAUUACAAAGCCAAAUCUUCAUAUAUCAUAUUUAGAUUUAUUAAAAUUAAUUGAUAAAAAUUUGGGAGAAUUUUAUUAAAUAUUAAUAGAAAAUCAGACUCUUAAUUUAAUUAAUAAAUUUAUAGAAUUACCAAAAUUUUCAACAAACUCUGAUAGUUUAAUAUUAUCAGAUUUUAUUACUUUUAGGGAAAGUUUUGCUUAUAUGAAAUACCCAUCUGGAUUUAAUUUGAAAAAUAUGAUUGGUCCUUAUAAAGGAUUAAAAAUGUUUCUCAAGUAUUCUAGAUUAUUGUCAAUAACUAAUUUGCAGAAUUUCUAAAAAAAACUAUCUGUUGUCAAAAAAUAAUAACAUUUCUAAAUGUUAAUGAAAAGUUUUGAAUGGAGAUAUUUUAAAGAAAAUGAAAUUCAAAUGGCUUUUUAAUUAUUAUCUGAUUACUCAAAAGAUUUUAAUUAACCUUUUGAAUUAGUUAACUUUAAAGAUUUAUAAUCAAAAUAAUUUCCUUAACUUUUUAAAUCUUUGCAGUUAAUAAGAAUAAAAAUUUUAAAUUUAUCUUAUGUUGAUGCUGUUAAUGAUAAUUUUAUUUUUGAUAUAGCUGAACAUUGUACUGAACUACAUGUUUUAAAUUUGAGUGGAUGUUAAAAUGUGCAUUAUAUAGGAUAGAUUUCAAAUAUCUUGAAUAUUGGAAAUUAAAAAUAAUUACAAUUUUAAAGAUUAAAAACAUUAAUUGCUUAAAAAUUACCAAAUGUUAAAUCAAUUGAGAUUAGUGGUUAAUUUUUUCAAAAUUUAAAUAUUAAUUAUUGUAAAAGUCUUUAAACAGUUUAUACAAAUAAAAUAAAAUUAACAAGAGUAUAAGCUAAAGGCUGUGUUGCAUUAUAAUAAGAGAUAAUUCAACUUUGGAUACUUUAAGGUGUUAAGAUUUUAUUUGAUGAACAUACAUCUUAAGGUUCUUUGAAAGGAUUUGUUUAACCGUCACUUAUUAUAGAUAUAGAUAAGGAAUUUAAUUAUGAUAAAAUUUAUUUGGAAAUAAUAUUUUAAUUACUGAGCGAUUUGUACGAUAAAAUAUUACAUUAAGAUUUAUAUAUAAAAUCUCCUUUCUCUUAGUUUUUUAUAAAAAAUGGAAUUAUUAGUGAUGAUUUUGAAUUUUAAUUUAGAGGAUUUCUUUAAAAUAAAUUUGAUGAAUAGAAUAAAAAAAAGAUCUUGUAAUGUUUAUUUAUAUGUUUAUUUUAGAAUGAAUAAAUAAAAUAACUUGAUAUAAAAUCUAUGUUAAAGAAUAGAGGAUAAGAAAGAAUAAAAAUGUUAGAUUAAUUUUUAAGUGAUUUUAAUUCUACGAUUCAUUUAAUAAAUGAAGAAUAAGAUUUAAAAAUUAAGUAAAUUGCUUAAUAAUUCUUUUUGAAUAUAGAAUCUUUAACAAUUCCAUGUUCAAAAGAAGAUAUAAUAGAAAAAAUAGCAUAAUUAAUUAGAUAAAUUUAAUAUUAUAGAACAACAUUAAAUAUAAGUUUUACUAAUUUAAAAGUGAUAGGAAAUUAGAUAAUUGGUAAAUUUUUUGAAAAGAUUUAAAGAAAUGAUAAGCCAAUACAUAUUUAAUAGAUUGAUUUUUCUGGAAAUAGUUUGGAGAGAGAAAAUUUAAAGAAUAUAUUUUAGGUAAAUAAUAUAAUUUAAGUUAAUAUCUAAUAAUUAAUAUUAAGAAAUGCAGGAAUUGAUGAUAAAAUUCUUUUAGACAUAGCCGAACAUUUUUGGGUAUGUGAGAAUUUAAAAUUAAUAGAUUUAAGUUAAAAUUAAUUGACAAAGAAGAGUUUAAAUAAAUUAUUUGAUGAUGGGAAAAAAUUAGCAAAGAUUCCUUUAAAUAAUAUUAAUUUGAGUGGAAAUAAGAUAGGAGAUGCAAAUUUUAAUGUUCUGGCAGAAAUAGAAGAAAAACAAUGGUAGUGUAAAGAAUAAAAUAUGUUAUAUUUAAAGAGUUUAAUAUUAAAGAAUUGUUUUUUGGAAGAUUAAGAUAUUUNAGAUAAUUCAACUUUGGAUACUUUAAGGUGUUAAGAUUUUAUUUGA